UCUCUGAUCAGCCCGGACGCGACAAAGCUACCUUUGAUUCCAUUUUAUUAAUUGUCUCCACGCUGCCUUCGCGUCAUAGCCGAACUCGAUCCUCUUUAACUUCUACAUAUGAUUUCUCCCAUGCACCAAUGAACACUCGCGAAACAUAGAACCUGUAUACUGGUUGGCUUGAAUUUCUGUCAUUACCUCAUUCUCUGAGGUUCGCUAGCAACCAGAUCACCAAUCUUAGACCACCUCAUCCCAUUUCACCUUCUCGCAAUGAGCGCAACACCCCCUGCGGGCCCUAACGGCCAAAGGCCAACCCCUCCUGCAGGCGCGCCGCCGUUGCGCAGACCACGCGCCGCUGUGAAUCCCCUCGUCCCAAGAAAACCCGUGCGUCGACCACAACCUUCCACAUCCGCGAAUACUGGUUCCCGGCCCGUUAGUAAACCACCACCACGCCCGACACAGAAUAAACCAGGCCCACCGAACUUCGACGCGCUGCGCAGUCAAAAUGGAGGAUGGUCUUUUCCUGCGCCUCCCGCAGAAGAUCUCGAGGAGUAUCCUUUGUAUCUCACCAAGAAAUCCCUUAAAGAGGGCUUACGAUUCCACAUCAUGCGCUUUGCACCACCUGGGUCCAGAAAUACCAAGCUUGACAGAGGUAUCGACCCUACUAACCAGGAUGACUUCACUCGACCCGUUACAUUGCAGCGACGCGAUCCUAGACAGCCGCCACCUGGUCGUGAAGUGAAAGAGGAGCCUCUUGUCGAGGAGGAGGAAACGGUCGAUACAGCUGAGGCAGAAAGACUUGCGCAGAUAAAAGAGCAGAGAGAAGCUCAGCGCGCGGCUGAUAAUGCUCAAAAAGCGCCCGUUGUCAAAGACGCGAAUCCAAAGGGAAAACAACAACAGAAGGAACAGAAGAAGCCUAGCUUACAAAUUCAUCAUGGAGCACGUACCGAGGAGCAGAAGAGACAAGCCGAGAUUCGAUAUGAAGAAGCCCUGCCGUGGCACCUGGAGGAUGCUGAUGGCAAGAACGUAUGGGUCGGCCAGUAUGAAGCUCCAUUGUCCGAUUGCAAAAUUGCGUUGAAGAUUCACAAGAACGGGUUUCGCGUAAUUCCCCUAGAGAAAUGGUAUAAAUUCCAAUCGAAACGUGGUGCAUUUCAGGUCAUGUCAAUUGAGGAUGCAGAGAAAGCCAUGAACAAGAAGGUCACUCUUGGUCGUUGGGCGAUAAGGGACACCCAGCGCCAAGAGUCCGAGAGGGCAAUGGCGGAGUCUCGAGCUAUAGUCAAUGGCCGUGUGCCAGUCAAGCAAGAAAGUGGCACAUUCAAGCAAGCUUCACGUCAGGAGAAAAUGGAUCAUGAUGACAUAGAUAUGUCGGGAGACGAAUUUCAGGAUGACGACGAGACUGCUGGGUACGAACCAGAUAGAGAUGAGGAGAUCAAGCAAGCUAACACUCGAAUUCGACGAGAUCAGCUUAAUGCUAAUCUCUUUGGCGAAGCUGAUGAAGUCAAAGUUGAGAAGGAUGAGGAAGAUGAGUUGAAAGAGGAAUUGAGUCGCAAACUUCACGGCGAACGUGUCAAGAAGGCAUUGAAAAGACGUGAUAAGCAGUUCCAGUACGACAGCGAUUCUUCUAACGGGCGAAAUCCUUUCGCUUCUUCUGAGGAGUCCGACAGUGAUUCUGACAACGAGAAAGAUAAAGACAAAGACAAGGAAGAUCCAGAAAAGAAGGCAGAGAAGGAUAAGGACGGAGGUAACUCCACCAAGGGAUCCAACACUCCACAAAAGAAGACUGCCGAGGCGGGAAAGAAGGGCAAGUCUCUCAAGCGACCCGGAUCUCCCAUGGUUUCAGACUCCAGUGGCACUGAAUCUACCCGUAAGAAAAAGAAGACUGCACAUAGUCGUGGUAAUACGCCCUUACCUCAGCGAACGAAGGCCGGCGCUGGCUCAACUAGUGAUGGCGAAGCCACCGCCGGUGAAAUGUCAGACGGUGCCGGAGGCAAGAAGAUGCGAUAUGGUCUGUCGACUGCAGGCGGAAAGAGCUCUAAAGGUACACCUGUAGGUUCACGGGCUGGUAGCCCCGUCCCGACCCAAGGUGCUACCAAUAAGGGCUCUGCGGCUGCUUCUCGCGCCAAUUCCCCAGGCGCUCCAGCUCAGAGCUCGGAGAAUCUCAGACCUAUCACAGCCCAAGAGAUUAUCAGUGCCCUGCCACCUCCCCCAGAAGGCAUCAGUGUUGGUAACUUCCUUAAGAAGUUCCAAGACCGAGUCGACAAACCUGGUGGUAUGCUACGGAAGGAUUGGCUGAAGCUGGUGAAGGAGAAUGCCAUCUUCAACAACGCCGAUAAGUUACUCCGUCGCAAAGUUUAGAGCCGUAGGCGGCGGUGAACAUCGGAUACUUGCGUACUUUAAUGGCCAAGUUGCUUCACGGCUUGUCGAAUGCCAAACCCUACUUCCUAAGAGUAGGUAGGUACUCAAAUAUGAUACGAAGCUACCGUUUAU